UUUACAAAUUAUUAAAUUAUAAAAAUAAUGAAGUAUGUCAUAUUUUUAUUUCAACUUGAGGCUGGGGUCUGGCCCAGGCUUAGUUUGGUUGAUAAAGCUUGAAAAAAUAUAUUUUUAAUUUUUAAAUUUUUUUAAUAGAUUUUUCGCUGUAUAAAUGACAUGUUGUCAUCUCAUAAAAUGAUUCGUAGAUUUGUUACUAAAAAUAUAUUCUCCCAUACUGAACCAACCCAUAAAUAUUAUUGUCAUAAUUGCUGCACAGCUUUAGUUGACACGUGUAAAAUAAAUACUCAUUGUUCAUCCCAUAUCUUUAUAUUGGAUACCAUUAGCCAAAUGAAACUUGUUUUAUUUCUGAAUUUGGAUGCAAUUAAAUCAUAUCAAUUGGAAAUUAUGUCAGAUUUACCAUCUUAUAAACGAUUCCUAUUUGAAAAUACACUACUUCUUGGUUUAUGGUUCUCAUUAUUAAAACCUAAUUGGAAUGCUUAUUUAAAGGAGUACAUCAAUGGAAAACUGUUUGAAACACCCCUUGAAAUUAACAAUAUCCAAGUAGUUAUUCAUAUUGUUGGAUUUGUUUUCGAUUUGCCUGCAGUGGCUUCAAUCAUCAAUCAUAAGCAGUAUAAUGGUGAAUUUGGAUGUCACUAUUGCGAACAUCCUGGUAGAACAAUUGAAAGAAAACAUGGUUCCGCUAGAAUUUAUUCACAUUCAGAUACAAAUUAUAAUCUUAAAACAUCUGAAAUGUAUGCCAUAUAUGCUAGAUUAGCCGAAAAAUCAAAAGUAUCUGUAUUUGGAAUUGAAGACUCAAACAUCUUUAGUGACAUUUCAUUUAUUAAAGUGCCAGAUAUGAUACUUAUUGAUGUGUUACAUUUGUUUUACGAAAAUUGCUCAAAAAAGCUUUUAGUUUGUUUAUUUUCUGUUACCAAUAAACACGAAUCAUUUUUUAUUGGUAGUGCAAAAUUAAAUGCUAUGGAAAUCUUACUUGCUGAUCAAAAAAUGCCACAUAACAUGCCCAAGCCAUUAACUAUUAAAUCAUUCACACAUUGGAAAGGCCAUGACUUUAAAAACUUUAUUUUAUACUUAGCAGUUCCAUAUUUUUUACCAUAUUUGAAUCCUGACUGCAUGAUGAUGAUUUAUUCUCUAGUAAUUGGUAUGCGUUUGUGUAGCAGUGAAAUAUGUUUAGAUAAGGUGUUGCUUAUUAGUCAGCUGUUAACUUUUAUCAAAAAUCAUUGUCUGAGUUGCUUCCUUUAUAUAUGA